AAAGGCUCGUUCUCUUGCUGGUUCUGAUUUUCAUGACUAGAAGCGGAGAAGCAACAUCAUCAUUUUGGGCAUCUGGAACAGUGUCUCUUCAACUCCAGCCAUGCUCUCCUUUUCAACCCCACCCCUUCUCUAUCUGAGUCUCAUCCUCUUUCUGUCGUAUCAUUCCCCUGUUCUCUCCUGUCGGACUGGGACCCGCAGUCAGUGUGAGUCCGCUCCCUUUGUACCAGGCCACAACCUGGUGGGGGAGGGCUUUGAUGUGGUCACCCUGCAGCGUAAAGGAGCCUACAUGGUUGAUGUGAGGACCUAUCUCACCCCAAAUGGCACCUGUACCCUCUGCUCCAACCCUCUUCAAGGCGACCAGCUGCAGAAACUGCCGCUCUCUGCAGUGAACUGGCGUACAUUCAGUCGAUGCAAUGCUGACAUCUACAGCAGUGCACACACCUCUGUUAGCUCGUUGAUUGAAACUUACACCUCCCAGGACAGUAGCGACUGGAAGAUUGGCCUAAAUUUAGAGAAGUAUGUAUCAGCCGGCCUGGAGGUGGGAGGAACACGCUCCACUGCCUAUAAGUUUGCUUCAGAGAGGACCAGAGAGGACCGCCACACCUUCAGCACUCACAGACUCACCUGCAGCCAUUAUCGUUACCGUGUGUCAAGCGAACCACCCCUCAACUCAGAGUUCAGUAAGGACGUGGCCAGACUGCCAAGUCUCUACAACGACUCCACCAGGGCUCAGUACAGUGAGCUCAUACAUACCUAUGGCACACACUACAUCCGCCAGGUUUAUCUUGGGGGGCGUCUCAGGCGGGUCACAGCUGCACGUACUUGUCUGUCCACACUGAAUGGGCUCACCUCAAGUGAGGUCCACAACUGCUUAUCACUUGGUGUCUCUGUAGGCCUGGGGAUGUUGAGUUUAUCUGGAAGCCAACAGUCUUGCAACAAAGUCCUACAGAACCAGGAUCUCACCACCUCGUACAGCUCUGGUCUCUACCAACACUACACAGCGUUGAUAGGAGGCACUGGUUGGUUGGGGGAGUUUUCGCUCACUCACAAUGACUCCAUGGACUACAGGAAAUGGCUGAAUACCCUUAAGGACCACCCAGAUAUUGUUUCAUACUCCCUUAGGCCAAUGUAUAGACUGGUGCCCAAUGGGAAGAAGAAGGCAGGUGUGAAGGCUGCCAUAGAGCAAUACUUAGAAGACAAUGCCAUGAAGAAGUCACCCAAAGAACCAGGUUGUGGGUCCAACUGCUGUCCUAAAGAGGCCUCGAGGGGAACACUGGUGGUGAUCAUCAUCAGAGGCUGGAAUCUGAAAGGAGACUUAAUUGACCCAACGGACAGCUAUGCUCAGAUGUGGUACGGUCCCCACCAUCGCAGGACUCAUAUGAUCCACUCAAACGACCCCUGGUGGAACUCCCAUUUUAAUCUGGGCAUGGUGGACACACAUUUGGGUUUGACGAUUCAGGCCUGGGACAAAGACUUGAAGUAUGACGACCUUCUGGGAUCAUGUGUGAGGCACCUUAGCCAGGGGACACACAGAUUCACCUGUCCGGCCAAGAAUGGCGGCUUUGAGGUCCAGUACACUCUGACCUGCGACUCUCAUCUGACUGGAGACAGUUAUUUUCAGAGCACUUUGGCUCCAGCCAUGCUCUCCUUUUCAACCCCACCCCUUCUCUACCUGAGUCUCCUCCUCUUUCUGUCGUAUCACUCCCCUGUUCUCUCCUGUCAGAUUGGGACCCGCAGUCAGUGUGAGUCUGCUCCUUUUGUACCAGGUCACAACCUGGUGGGGGAGGGCUUUGACAUGGUCACCCUGCAGCAUAAAGGAGCCUACAUGAUAGAUGUGAGGACGUUUCUUGACCACAACGGCACCUGUAAACUCUGCUCCAACCCUCUUCAAGGCAACAGGCUGCAGAAAUUGCCACUCUCUGUGGUGGACUGGCGUAUCAGAACGUUCUUCAGUGUUAAGAACAGUGUACACACCUCUGUCAGCUCAUUGGUUGACACUUACACCUCCCUUGAGAGUAAAGACUGGAAGUUUGGCUUAAAUUUCGGUAAGUUUGUCUACCUGGAUGUGGGAGGAACACAGUCCAAUGUGUAUAACUUUGCUUCAGCAAGGACCAGAGAGGACCGCUACCUUUUCAGCCUUCACACCAUCACCAGUACCCAUUAUUGUUACCGUGUGUCAAGGAAACCGCCCAUCAGCUCUGAAUUCAGGAACGAUUUGGCCAGAUUGCCAAGUGUCUACACCUCCUCCACCCAGGAUCAGUACAUUGAUCUCAUACGUACCUAUGGCACACACUACAUCCGCAGGGUUCACCUUGGAGGGCGACUCAAGCGAAUCACAGCUACACGAAGCUGUUUGUCAUCACUGCUUAAGCUCAGUGGAUCUGAGGUUCACUCCUGCUUAUCACUGGGUGUCUCUGCAAGCGUAGGGGGGUUCACGUUAUCUGGUAACCGACCGUCUUGCAACAGAGUCCUACAGAACCAGGGCUUCUCCAAUCUGUACAGCUCUGCUUUUCACCAGCACUACACAGAGAUGGCAGGAGGCACUGGUUGGUCGGGGGAGUUUUCAUUCAGUCAUAAUGACAUAGAGGGAUACAGGAAUUGGCUGAAUAGCCUUAAGGACCACCCAGAAAUUGUUGCAUUCCGUCUUAGGCCAAUGUAUGAGCUGGUGCCAGAUAAGACACAGAAGGCAGGGAUGAAGGCUGCCAUAGAACAGUACUUACUAAACAAUGCCAAGACAAAGACACCCACCGACAGUUGUGCCAUGUAUUCCAACUGCUGUCCUAAAGUGACCAGGAAAGGAACACUGGCGGUGACCAUGGUCCGAGCCUGGAAUCUGGAGGGAGAUUAUCCUCUCUAUCAACCUACUGACAGCUAUGCUAGAGUAAAGUGUUGUGGCUCAAAUCGAAUGACUAGGGUGAUCGAGUCAGACAACCCCAGGUGGAAUCAGCGUUUCUAUCUGGGCGAGGUGGACCUAAGUAAAAAAGAACUGACAACUGAAGUCUGGGACGAAGACUUGCAAUAUGAUGACCUUCUGCUGUCAUGCGAUACAGACCUGAAGCAGGGGACACAUGAAAGAAUCUGUACAAGAGGCAAAACUGGUUAUGAAUUCAGCUAUACGUUAACAUGCUACCGUCACCUGACUGGAGACAAGUGCGACCGUUACAAACCAUCUCCACAGUGAGAAAUGUAUUUUGGGGCCACACUAUUCACAAAUACAGCUUUAAAGCCUGUAAUGGAAUUUUAUACUGUUUUCCCUUUUGUACUCAUUUCCUGCAUAACCAAACCUGGUGCUAAAUGUUAUCAACGAUGAAGAAGCAGACAGAGGUAGAGAGUUAUUUUUGGGAUACAUAAAUAUGAAUGAACAAUUGUGGAAGUGAACAGCUGUGUCUCAAGUGUUAGUGUGUGACAAUGCAUGUAGAAAUACAUCUGCUGAACUUCAUUACAGUAUUGUCUUAGCAGUGAAAAUGGAGAAUCUCAUUUGCAAAUGAUUUACUGAAUAUUGCAAUAAAUACUCUGAGACAGA